GACGAGUUAUCCCAAUUGCAAUUCCUCUUCCUGGAUCGUAGUGAAUCUUUUCCGGACCAGCAGUGCAAUAACACAUUACAAUGGCUGGCCAGAUCACGGCCUUGUUGUGUUGUCUCUGUGAACGUGUCUACAUAAGGAAUGUUGCCUAUGCUUACGACAACAUUGCUUUAGGAAAAUAUGCACAGCAGCUGUAUCCAUAUAGUCGAUAUUUUUGGGGAGCAGAUCUAGCGGUAGACGGACAGAAAUCAGACUUAACUUCUUCAGGAGAACAGUGUACGAUAUCCACCAAUAAAGCGCGGACAGCGAAGUGGUGGGUGGAUCUAGGAAGUGUCCUCAGCAUACGUCACAUAACUAUAUACUAUAGGACGGACAAUUUAGUUUGGGAUUCCAAAAACGGUUACACUGCUCGAUUUCUUGGUUUCUCGGUAUACAUAUCGAAUACAACCAACAAAGAUGAUGGGGUACUGUGUUUUAAAGACACGAUGUACACCAGAGCCACAAUACCCAAUACGACAACCAUAACAUGUGCUAGACACGGACGUUACGUCAUUUAUUACAACGAGAGACUCCAGGAUGUCACUUAUCCUCCCGACUAUUCUACGUACGCAUUCAAUGAACUCUGUGAAUUUGAAGUUUAUGGUUGUCCAACAUCAGGUGUUUAUGGAGACAACUGUGAUAUACCGUGUCCCCAGAACUGUCAGGAGAGACACUGUGACAUCAUGAACGGAAGCUGUCUGGGGUGUAUUCCGGGAUACAAGGGGUCUUCCUGCCAACAUCCAUGUGAUAAUAAAAGAUACGGUCUGGAGUGUAAACAGAACUGUGGUAACUGUAUCUAUGGGGGACAGUGCAAUCACGUGAACGGAAGUUGUCCAAACGGAUGUGACGCCGGAGCUCAGGGAGAUAAAUGUGACGAAGCAUGUCCAGCAGGUCGCUACGGUUACAACUGCCAAGAGAGAUGUAACAUCAACUGUGGAGUCACUGAGAGAUGUGACAGAGUAUCAGGGCAGUGUCAGAAUGGAUGUCAGGCAGGGUGGAAAAAUCAGAAAUGUGAUUCAAAGUGUGAUGGUAAAACAUUUGGACUAGGCUGUUCUCAAUCGUGUGGAAUUUGCCUGGGUAAUGAACAAUGUCAUCACAUAGACGGCACGUGCACCAAUGGAUGUGACAGGGGUUAUGAAGGAAUCAAUUGUAAACAAGCUGAUCGCACUUCUGGUGUUUUCAGGGAAUGCGGCUGGAAGUCCUUUGGUUAUAACUGCAAUGAAACGUGCAGUAUGAGUUGUUCCAAUCAAACAUGUGACGCUAUGACUGGAUCAUGUCCACAGGUUCAGAAACAAGAAGAUGAAAAUUCCUUCGACAUCGCUCCGAUUAUAGGUGGAGUCGCGGCGGCUGUCAUUCUUUGCCUCGUUGUUGUCGUAGUUCUUGUCGUGUUCAGAAGAAUGAGAUCGACUAAAUCAAGAACUGAUCCACCUCCUCAAGCGAGACCUCCAACGGAAACAGCGGAAAAUUUAUAUCAGAACAACGACAAAGUAGGUCAAACUUUCACCAACAUCUACGAGAAUCUGGAUCCAAAAGAUAAGCUCAUCUCAAAACCGGAAAGGAAAUCAACUCCUGUCACAAACGCAAAGAAAUACGAAACCAAGGCUGAUUACGACACAGAUGACGAAGACGUAGAUAAUCCCUAUGGUGAUCUGUACAUAAAUGAAGAAACUAUUGCCGAUGUUCCCGUCAGUCAGCUAGAGAGCGUUAUUGCCGAAAAUAAGAAAGAUGAAGACGAUGGAUUUAAAAGAGAAUAUGCUAUGUUGCCAUACGGGGAACAACACCAGUGUGAUGCCGGAAAGCGACCCGAAAACGUGCCGAGAAACAGAUUUAAAACCACUUUCCCGUAUGAUCAUUCCAGAGUCAUUUUAAAUGGAGAUAAUGGAACAUCGUCUGACUAUAUCAACGCCAAUUACAUCAAUGGAACAGACGAAGAGAAUGAAUACAUAGCUUCACAAGGACCUAAACAAAACACCCUGGUGGAUUUCUGGGCGGUGAUAUGGCAGGACAAUGUUAGUCAGAUUGUGAUGUUGACAAAUCUUAAAGAGGGAGUCAAGAUAAAGUGUACACAGUACUGGCCAGAAGAAAUGAAAGCCAGAGCUUUUGGACAACUUGUGGUCAAAUCUGUGGAAGAGAAAAAAUAUGCGUUUUACGUCAUCAGAAAACUCUCCGUUUCACACAAAGAGCUCAAAAAGUCCCGCGUUGUCACACAAUAUCACUACACCUCCUGGCCGGAUCACGGGACUCCAGAUCCGCUCUGUUUGGUUGUUUUCCAUGACCACGUGACGAGGACAAAACCCAAUCAAAAUAAAGCACCGAUUGUUGUACAUUGCAGUGCCGGAAUAGGGCGGACUGGGACAUAUAUCGCCCUGGAUGCUUUGUAUAAAGCCGGGAAGGCGACGGGCAAAGUCAAUAUAGCGGAAUACGUGAAGACAAUGAGGGCAAAUCGAAUGAACAUGGUCCAAACCUAUGAACAAUACAUGACGGUGUUUCUUGCUCUGAACGAAUAUUUUAAAUCUGCUGUUGACACCCAGAGUCUUAAUCAGUUCAUGCAGAAGGCAGAAAAUUUGGCGGGAGACCAGCCAGCCAACCAGACGACAAUUAGGAAGGAGUUUGAGCUCUUGAUGAAAAUACGACCAAUGUACACGCCAACAGAUUAUAAAAUUGCUAGCCAACACAAUUCGAACAAAAACGGAUAUGAUUUAUUACCACUUGACAAGUACAGCUUAUAUCUAACAUCAUCGGUUGCAAAACGUGGAAACUUCAUCAAUGCCAUCCAUGUCCCUUCAUACACAGAUGAUAGGACCUUCAUAGUGACGAAUUAUCAAUCAGCAGAGGGCGCUGUGGACUUUCUUCGUCUGCUCAAUGACCAUGAAUCCAAUACCGUGAUCUGCAUGGAUCCGUUACGUGAAAUAAAAUCGUCAAAAGCAUGGUUUCCAGAUGCAGGUUCGACUAAAUCCUUGGCGCCUUUUGAGGUGCGUCAUCAGUCUGAAAAAAGCACAGAUGUUAAGAUCACCACAGCACAGAUUUCAAGAGAUGAGGAGACUCCUCAGCUUAUAACAAUAGUAGAACCACAAGGACCAGUGCAGUCUUCCGGAACUCCUCGUGACACUUCGUUUCUCCGAAACUUAGUGUCAUUUGCUCAGAAUCUCUCUACAGAAUACCCAAUCACUGUCGUCAGCAAAAAUGGCGCCAUACUGUGUGGUGUUUUCUGUUCGGUGUAUAACGUGAUACAACAGCUGAAGAUGGAUGACAAUAUUGACGUCUUUACAGCUGUACGACAACUGCAGACAAGGAGACCAGAAUUCUGUUCUACUCAAGACGAGUAUAUGUUGGUGUAUAGAGCUGUUUGUGACUAUAUCGAGGCUACAUCAGAAAACGUGUACUACAAUCAAUAGAGGAGGACGGGGCGUGCUGCGUUGUUUUAAUUUCUCAUUUUAUGUUAUCGUUGAUGAUUUGUCAUUUGAUAUUAACGUUUAGAAAUAGAUUGUUUUUAUCACCCUCCAUUGUAAUUUUAUAGUUUUUUACGAUUUCGUUGUUAUAUGUAUUUUAUAUUUUAAAAUGUUGAUGUGAAAGAGAUUGAGAAAAUAGGAACGAAUGUAAGAAGAUAAAUGAGAGAAACGUUUUUAUGGAAGAUAGGGUAGAGUACGUUCAAUAUUUAAUAUACAAGAUCAUGUAUAUUUCACAAUGAGUAUCACAUUAAUAUAUGAUAUAUUCCUAGGAGGAGUAAGCAUCCCCUGGCUAUAUGUAGUACGUUUAUAUGCCAAAAUGGCAAAAUAUUCAAUUGUGGAUUGAACAAAACAAUAUUUCAAUGAAUAUGAACAUUUGACUCUGGUGGAUUUAAACUCAGGAUGUGUGUUUCAGUCUCUCCUUUCUUUUAUCCACCGAGGAAAGAUGACAAACAAACAAAUCGAACGAUACAAUUAAUUCACAAAACAUUUAAAUCGCCGUCAUAUGAUGAUAUGUAUCAAAAUAUUCGUGUCAUGACCCACCAUAUUUGGUAAUUUUUUAAAACCAUUAUAUACUGUUUUGCAAAUACGUAUUUCGCCAAUAAAAAGAACUAUUACAAAUACGA